AUGCGCGCCGCUCUAUCGCCCCUUCGCGUCGAGUGUCGAGACGCGACGCGCGCGCGCUGGACGACCCCCCUCGCCGCGUCCGAGGCGCGCCGCGCGCGUCGAGAAGUCUCGACGCGGUCUGGGACCGACCGAAUCGCUUUCGACGACUCGACGCCUCGCGCGCGCGCUCUCGCGCUCGAUCGACGCGUGUGCGUCGCGCGCAUACUCCUCAGCGUCGUCUGUGCGUCGCGCGCGCGCGAAGCGAACGCCCAGGAUGGGUUCACGCGCGUCGAGAGCGCGUCUGGUUGGAACGUCUUUGAGAGCGACGGCGAUUCGCUGUCGCCGCGUCCGUACGCGCUCGAGUGGCCGAGCGGGUGGAGCGCACUGGAGGACGUCUCUUCGGCGCGUUCGGUGGGCGUGGAUGCGUCGUUUAAGGAUUUCAACGACGAGGCGAGCACGUUGGCUGUGUUUAUCACCGACGUAAAGCAGCUGAGCGCGCGAGAGAGGUACGGGACGUUGGAGGAGGACGCGCGAUUGCGGGCGGAGAGCGCGCCGAAUCAGCGCACGAUCGGGAAAAAGACGGUGGAGGUACGCGUGGGGGAUCGCGCGUGCGAGGGACAUCAGAUUGAGACUUUGGUGGGCGGCGGAACGGCCGGGCGGUUUGGCGCGGCGGUAGAGUUGGUGAAGAUUUGGAUCGAUCCGAAGAGCGGGAAAGAGUAUUUAAUACGAGCGACGGCGUCGCGUUCGUCGUGGCCGAGAGCGAAGGCGAGUCUGAGGAGGUCUGUCGAUAGUUUUCGAUUUGUAAAUUGA